AUGUAUCAGCCCGUUCUCAAAAGAGAAGGCCAUUACGUGACGAGGCAUGUUCCAGUUCUGGACGUACAAGAACUCGUAUUCGAUCUACGCAAGGAGGAGAUAGAACUCGCCGCAGUAUUGAUCGAGAAACAAGAGGAUCCUAUCCAAUUGCAAAUUAACGAGUUGGAGGACAAGUUCAAAAGGCACCAAGAUGAGGAAUUUGGGAAACUGCCUAGUUACGACUCAGAUGAGGAGCUUGAGCCUUUCCAUCCAAAUAUUAUGAGUGCUGACCCCCAAGGAUUCAAGAACCCUCACGUCUUGUUAGACGAUGGGACAAUAGAUUCGGUCGCGCACUUGAAUAAUUUUAAUACUAUCAUGCGAGCCAACAAUGUGAUGAAUAAUUUACGCUGUAUUUUAUUCCCUACCUCACUAGUUGGGGCAGCAAGCAGCUGGCUCAAAAAAUUUACACAUCAUUCAAUCACCUCUUGGGAAAAGUUGUCUAAGGACUUCAAGAAACAAUUCCCAGCAGCAAGUGACAGGCGACCUGAGGUGUCUUCUCUUACAAAUAUAAAGCAGCAGUUGGGCGAGACACUAAAGGCCUACUUGAGUCGUUUCAGUAUAACUGCUGCGAGAGUUAGAAAUUUGAACGACAGUAUCCAGCUCAUUGCCCUUCAAGUAGGGAUCACGACUGAUCUCUCAACUACUAGAGGUGAGUUGUGGGAUGACCUACAAGGUCGCCCAGUGAAAAACAUCAGUGAGUUCAAUGAGAGGGCUCAAGUGUUUGUACGAAAAGAGGAAGCGAGAAAAGAGACAAAGUUGUUAAAAAAUGGCUCGGAAAGUAAACCCAGCAGUGUCUCGACAAGUACCAUCUCGACGAAGGCUAACAUUCUAGGAGGCUUUAAAUGGAAAGAUGACUCCAAGGAAUUAGCCAAGGACAAGAAAAAAAUAGAAGAAGCGCGACAAGUACGUGCCAAUCUACACUAUUUAUACUGA